UGCUUUUUAAAAUCAACCCGUCGCAAAUGCGCUAAUGAUCGAUAUUCGUUUUCUUUCCCUUGCGACUUAUCAUUAGUCACCUAAAGAGUGUGCCUUCAACUCGAGGCGCUCGCUCUUGGGUUGUCCGAACAAAAGAGAACGAAAUGGAGCAGCAACAAAAUCACAUGUCUCUUCCUCCACCAACUCACGAUCAAAAACAUGGUCUACUUCAGCAACCAGAACAACAUCGACACAUUUCACCAUCGUCUGACCCAACAGUGCGUAUGUUCGAUAGACUUGACCGGACCUUUAAACUUCCAUUAUAUCCUCCACCCUCGUAUGCGCAAGCUCACGACCCUGCCGGCUUAAGGUUUCCCGAUCCACCAAAGGCCGAGCUCGCUCCCAUUAAAACGAUCAGUGCGCCGAACCAUGACGAGAAAACGGCCUCCACCAACAAUAAUAACCAUCUUCCUUCUCUAUCCACUCUAACAGCUUCAUCCGCUCCUCUAUAUACUCCACCACGACCUCCGGAACCAUCUUAUUCUCCUCCUGCGCCACCACCUCUUACUCACUGGCCUUGUCUUAAUCCACUUACUGCCUAUUACAACCCGAGCCAUGUACAGAAUGCCGAGUCACCUAUGCGAAUGGACGUAGACACAAGCAGCAGUAGUGGCGUAAGCGCUCCAUCGCCAGAUCGCUUUCAAGAUGGAAGAGCUAGUAGUGUUAGUCUGGAUGAUCCAGAUGUACGGAUGGCUGCCGAAGCUUUAGGUGAUUUGAGAGCAGAUUUCGUCUCUUCUCCCUCGAAUAAGCAUGUACCAAUACCCGGAUCACCACACUCUCAAACAAAUGGAAUUAAUUCGGAGCCGUUAAUCUCCCUGUUGACCACAUCGCAUCCCCUACUUGCCACUACCAUCGAAGGCGCUACCUCCGCAUACGUGAACUCGAAGAACUAUUCUCCUAGAUUCAAGUCAAGCGCCGAAUAUGUAGAAGGCUACGUAAUUCCUAUCGCGCAUACAGUAGGUUCAGUCGGCCGAGUAACUGGUGUUGAAGGCGGUGUCCGAUGGUUUUUGGGAGGUGGAAGAAGACAUAAGUCGCAAAGCUCUGAUAUUGAGGCCGCCGAUCAAGGUUCCAACAAGCGUCGGAGAGUCGAUGGAACCGGGUCUUUCAAAGAAACCACUCCAGAACCUAUUUCCGGUAUAGAAACGCCAAGGGCAUCCUUCGAUAAUUCACAUGACCGUCGACUCUCCGUCGCAAGUACGGUGGAUACCCUGCCUGCAUAUGACGAAUUUCGAUCCCCGCCAUACGCCGAACACUUUGUGCCACCUGAAACUCGACCAAACAGCGCAGCAUGGCAAUCUCGUCUGAUCAUGUCAACAUCUGGAUUGAGUAUUGCUAUGAGCGAGGAAAGCCUACGUAGCCUUAAAUACUGUCUUAGCUGGCUUCGAUGGGCUAACGUUCGCAUUGGAAAUGUCAUCAACUCUUUAAAAUCCACUAUGGAGAAAUAUGAGAGGACCGAUCCUAGACGAGCGGAUGGCGACCAACCAAUGAGUGGUACAUCAUAUGCUAGCGAACCAGCUGAUAGAAAUCAACUCGCGGCCAAGAUAGCAGAGCUUAGAAUGGACGUUCUCAGAACGUUGCAGGAUGUUAUCAACACAGUCAGCAGAUAUGCGGGUGGCGCACUACCGGAAAAUGCGCGCGACCUCGUUAGACGGCAUUUAACAAGCCUACCUCAACGAUUCAGAGUUGCAAGCAUGGUCGGUGAUGGUCCGCAAGAAGGUCGUCGCACUGAGGUUGAUGGAGAAGAAUGUCGUGAGGCGCAGGAGAAAGAAACGCGCGAAAGUGCCCAAAAGGUGUUGGUCCUUGCCAAAGAGGGUCUUGACAUGAUGUCCCAAGUAUCAGGAGUCCUUGAUGGUACGAUUAUUAGUGCUGAGGAAUGGUGCGAUCGAUUGGGUAGGCGAAAGCGUGAGCAAAGGGAAAGCCUUCUAGGAGCUCCGCCCGUCCCUCAAGCAUCAUUAGAUGAGGUGAAAAUCGGUUGAAUGAUAUGAAGGUAAAUAGUAUGAAAACGUAUGGCGUUUCGUGGUGAAGGGAAAUUAAAAAUAAAAUAAAACACAAUACACUAAAAAAUCGGAGGACCAAAAGGGGGGCGACGGAAAAUGCCCGGGGGAAGACUCGGGAGAUUCGGUUUAUCGGUAAAGGAUCUUUGACCUUGGACGAUCACGGACGAAAUGAUUUAUCUACCUUAUACCUUAGGUACUUUUACCUACUUAGGUGCCUUCUCAGCUCAUCAAGUUGCUGACAGACUUGGUCUAACUCGACCGACUACGACAUACUCUUCUUGCUGUCAUGAAUCUUUCUAGAGAUGCAGCUUUAUACCUUUACAGCGGAUAUUCGAAGCGCCUCUUCAUCAGACGCUAUAGUCUCCGCUAUCGCUGUCUCUACUGCAACCUUUCUAUUCCAUUUCAAGUCAUACUAUUUACUAGGUUGAUUCUGGUUUAGCAACUCUGACGAUAUUUAUUUUUCCAACGUGGAUUGGUUAUUCGGAACCCCAAAGAAUUUUCUUUGGUUUAUGUAUUUUCCUCUCGGGCAAACGGUUGGGAGUUUGUGUCAAAAAUCUUACUACUUGCACAUACAUUCAUAUAUGUCAUCAUAUCAUUGCAUCGCCGCAAAGGCUGAAUAGAUUACUUCAGCGUUCAAAUCUACUUCAUGUGACUUGUCAUAAACGGUUUACGUUUUCAAUGUGGCUGUAUUUUUUGCACUAU